AUGUCAGGAUCAGGGAGCUUGUGGUUGGCAGCGAAUCCGAGCAAGAGAUGGGGAGAACUCUUCUUCCUCUUUUACACUCCUUUCUGGCUCACUCUCUCCUUGGGCAUCGUUGUUCCUUACAAGCUCUACGAGACAUUCACGGAGUUGGAGUAUCUGCUUCUGGCUUUGGUUUCAGCUCUUCCCGCUUUCCUCAUACCCAUGUUACUUGUUGGAAAGGCCGACAGAAGCUUAUGCUGGAAGGACCGUUAUUGGGCAAAUCUCUGGAUUAUUAUUUUCAGCUAUGUGGGAAACUACUUUUGGACUCACUAUUUCUUCAAAGUUCUUGGAGCCUCCUAUACUUUCCCCUCCUGGAAAAUGAAUAACGUGCCUCACACAACAUUCUUCAUGACACAUGCUUGCUUCCUCUUUUACCACGUUGCAUCCAACAUUACUCUUCGAAGGCUACGACAUUCCAUUGCUGGCUUACCAGAUUCUCUUAGAUGGUCUUUUGAGGCUGCAUGGAUUCUGGCGCUUUCUUAUUUCAUUGCUUACCUGGAGACUGUUGCUAUUGCAAAUUUUCCUUACUACGAGUUUGUGGACCGAAGCGCCAUGUACAAAGUUGGGUGUUUGUUCUAUGCCAUCUACUUCAUUGUUAGCUUCCCAAUGUUCUUCAGGAUGGAAGAGAAACCAAGUAAUGACUGGGACUUGUCACGUGUGGCUGUUGAUGCUUUAGGUGCUGCUAUGUUGGUAACGAUCAUUCUUGAUCUGUGGCGUCUCUUCUUGGGACCUAUAGUUCCCUUACCGGAGGGACAAAACUGCCUUCAGUCUGGGUUACCAUGGUUCUCCAACUGA